AUGAGAGAAAGAAGAGCAAGCGAUGAAUUUCGUUUGUUGGACAAUAGACCACGAGCAAAAUCUUGGAAAAUUGCACGACAAAAUAAUAAAUUUAAAAUCCAGAAAAAUGAAAGAAGAGCAGACGUUCAUAAAAUUGAACGACAGGAUGAUGAAUUCAAAGCAGAAGAAAGAAGAAGAAAUGCAUUAAGAAUGCAUAGUACUAGAGAUAAAUAUAAAAAUAAUUUUGAUGCUAUAAAAUCAAAUUAUGAGUCAAAAAUAAAAGAAGGACCUACCGAUAUUUGUAGUUGUUGCGGUGGUUUAUGGUUUGCGUAUUCUAUCAGAGAAUAUACAGUUGAAAUGUUAGCAAAAAAAGGAUUAAAAAAAGAAUUUAUCGAUACAGUUUGUUGUCUAAAACAUGCAAUUAUUAAAUUAUGUGCUACUUGUAGAAAGGACAUCAUGUCGAAUAAAAUACCUAAUCUCGCUCUGUCUAAUAGUUUGGCAUUCUAUGAAAUACCGGAUUGUUUGAAAAUCUUGACUGAAUUAGACGAAAGAUUAAUAUCACCAAGGAUUCCUUUUAAGGUAAUUCGAACUUUAAGUUUUUCUAAACAAUUUGGUCUCAAAGGUAAUUUAGUAAAUGUUCCCAUGAACGUCGACACAAACGUUUCAAUAUUACCCAGAAGUUGUAGUGAUACUUACACGAUUCAAUUGAAACUGAUGAGACAAAUGAAAAAUAAAAAUGCUUUUAUGUAUGAAACAAUUCGACCAAAAGUAGUACAUACAGCUGUUAAAUACCUUGUUGAACAGGAACUAUAUAAAGAUGAAGGUAUUGUUAUAUCUAAUGAUUGGAUUAACGAAUAUCCAAAUGAAAAAGAAAAUUUCAUAGUCAAAAACGAAGAUAAAAAGUUAAAUGAGACUGGAAAUGCGGCAGAAGAUUCAGAUCAUGAUGAUAAUUGGAAUGAAUGUGACGAUAAACCAAUUAAUCCAGUAACUACUGAAACGUUGUUGAAUGAUGAGACCGAGGAUCAAAAUGAUACUGGUAUUAAAUUUGCUCCAGGAGAGAAUAACAGACCGAUAUCUGUUUUAAUGGAUUUGAAAGUCGAUGAGUUAACAUUUCCAAAAAUCUAUUGUGGAAAACAACAAAAAAUUAAAGAAAAUGUCAAACUAACGUAUGCUAAAAUUGCUAAGUCAGAAUUAAGAAUGUUUGAUAGAAGAUGUGGUAGAGUAUCAAAACUCUUUUUCACAUAUAAGAAACUACAAACGAGAAAAUUCGUUAAUGCUAUUUCAAUAAAUUUGCGAAAAACAAAAAAUACGAAAAACGUAACUGUUAACCAAAUGCUUAAUCGAGAUUAUGUAAAUGGAUUAGUACAUAAUGAUGAUGCUUUUGCAUUCUUGAGAUUUGAUCGAUCUUCAUCAGCAUUCUGGGAACUAAAAAAGAAAGAACUUAUGGCCAUGAAUAGGCAAUUAGAAUGUACAACAGUAUUUUUAACAUUAUCAGCAGCUGAAACACAGUGGUCAGAACUUCUUGUCAUAUUGACUCAAGUGUUAGAAAAUAAAGUAAUAACAUUAGAAGAAGCACAAAAUUUGACCUAUGAGAAGAGAUGCGAAUUGAUAAGACAAGAUCCAGUAACAUGUGUUCGCUAUUUUGAACAUAAAUUAAAAUGUUUAUGGGAAAUAUUAUCAGCUGCUUGUGGUCCAUUUCAACGAUAUGAAUUAGUAGACAAAUAUGUCAGAACUGAAUUUCAAGUUCGUGGUUCACUACAUGUUCAUGCUUUAUUGUGGUUAAAGAAUGCUCCAAAAUAUGACAAAAAUAAUCCUGAUCAAUUGAAAGAUGUGUAG